UUUCCUCCAUUCCAACACUCUAUAUAAAACACAGCUCAUUCAGCAGAUCUUCACUUUCUCCUCUACCGCUGACAGAGAAACACUGCCUCCGGCAUCACUGAAACCACCACAACAACAUGGCCUUUUACUCCAGCAGCAGCUCCAUGAGGAGCUCACAAGGUGGAAGCCGGCUAUCAGGCUCAGGCAUGGGCUCAGUUAUGGGCUCAGGCAUGGGCAUGGGAGCUAUGAGUGUGUACGGGGGUGCAGGGGGCUCGGGCUCUCGUAUCUCCAGCUCCAGUGCAUCCAGGUCCUUCUCAUCCGGUGGCGGUGGCGGCGGCGGUGGUUUCGGUGCCGGUGGCGGGUUCAACAUGUCUGAAAGCAUUGAUUUGUCUACCAACGAGAAGGCCACCAUGCAGAACCUGAACGACCGCCUGGCCACCUACCUGGCCAAGGUGCGCAGCCUGGAGUUGGCCAAUUCUGACCUGGAGCUGAAGAUCCGCCAGCUUCUGGAUAGCAAGACUUCGCCAGCGGCCAGAGACUACGCUGCCUUCCAGCUCACCAUCGCUGAUCUCCAGGGCAAGAUCCAGGAUGCCAUCUGUGGCAACAGCAGAGUCUACCUGUCCAUUGACAAUGCCAAGCUGGCUGCUGACGACUUCAGAGUCAAGUAUGAAAAUGAGCUGGCUAUGCGCCAGUCCGUCGAAGCAGACAUCGCUGGGCUCAGAAGGGUUCUGGAUGAGCUGACUAUGGUCAGAACCGAUCUGGAGAUGCAGAUUGAGGGCCUGAGAGAGGAACUGAUUUUCCUCAAGAAGAACCACGAGGAGGAGCUCCUGCUUGCGCGCACCCAGAUGAGUGGACAGGUCAACGUAGAGGUGGAUGCUGCCCCCCAGGUGGACCUCAGCAAGAUCAUUGCUGAAGUGAGGGAACACUACGAGACCGCGUCCGCCAAGAGCCAAAAAGAACUGGAGGCAUGGUUCCAGACUAAGUCGGAGAAUCUCAAAACGGAAGUCGUAGUCAGCACACAGACUCUCAAUACAUCCAGGUCUGAGAUGACGGAGGUCAAGAGAACUCUGCAGAGCCUUGAGAUCGAACUGCAGUCACAGCUCAGCAUGAAAUCGUCGCUGGAGGGCUCCUUGGCAGAGAUCUCGAACCGCUACUCCAUGUCUCUGGCUGGCUACCAGAACCAGGUGACCAACAUGGAGGAGCAGCUGGUGCAGCUCAGAGCCGAUCUGGGCCGACAGGGACAGGAGUACCAGAUGCUGCUGGACAUCAAGACCAGACUGGAGAUGGAGAUCGCUGAGUACAGAAGGCUGUUGGACGGGGAUAUGUCUUCCAGCAUGAUUUCCAAAAGCAGCUCAAGCAACACAAGCAGCUCAACAAGCACAGUAACAACAAAGGUGGUGACCAUCAUUGAAGAGGUGGUGGAUGGCGUCGUGGUCAGCAGCGAAACUUGCUAGAAACCAUGAUAAAGCCAGCCAGAAGUGCUCUCAACACUCACAAACCAUAACCUGAUUCUAUUUGUCUAUCAGGCUUAACCCCUGACCAACAUCAUAGACCAACGGAAAAGCAAAAUAAAGUGUUGAAACUUA